AACAUCUUCAGCUGCACCAACGAUUACAAAAACAUCUUCAGCUGCACCAACAGUUACAAAAACAUCUUCAGCUGCACCAACAGUUACUAAAACAUCUCCAACAGCUCCUGCUGUGACCGUUACCCCCUGGACACCAACUAUGUCGUCUAGACUGCAAAGUACAAAACAGCAAAAGGCAAAUAUUUCCCCCAUCAGUGAAUUACCACUUCAGUUUGCUUUCCUUGUGGAUCCUGCGGUCCCUUCAUGCCAGGACGGACUCUACCUGCCUGGCUUUGUGGCUCCAACACCUUCAGAUGGAGAACGAAUCGUAGGAGAGGUUGGAAAAGAGCUGGAGCUCAGAGUCGUGGGACAGGCCACACAUUCAGCGAUAUUUAAUCUGAUUUUAAGUGGGCCAACGAACGUCACCAAACACAGGGACACAAAAACCGAAUUCAUCAUCAGAUGGACACCGACUGAAGACGACCUGGGAGAGUUUUACCCGAUCUGCUUCGCUGUGGAAUCAGUGAAUGGGCGUUCUGUCUACCAGUCUGAGAUGAGGUGUGUUCUGGUGGAAGUCAGGAAGCGACAGAUUGAAGCCACAGUGACCUGCAGCGAAUCCACAAUGAAGGUUGAGGUUGACAAAGCUUCCUUCUUUGGACUCCAGGAGGAUCAUCUUCGCCUCAGUGACCCCAGCAACACCAUCUGCAGCCUCCGCAGGCACUCCAACAGCACUCACAUCGUCGCCAUCAUCCCCCUCAACGGAUGUGGGACUCAGAUCGAGGAAGACGAUGACUACCUCAUUUUCAAGAACGAGAUCACCACUAAGGAAGACGACCCGAACGAGCUGAUCACCAGGAAGCACCUGGUGGAGGCCCGGUUCUACUGCCAGUACCCCAAACGGGGGAAUGUGACCCUGAGCUUCUCAGCACACAGAAAGAACGUCACGGUGUGGGAGAAAGGCUUCGGCACGUUCACCUACCAGUUUGAGUUCUACCAGAAUGACCAGUUUGAAGCCAAGUAUGACCCAAACUCUUACCCCCUGGAGUACGACGUUGGAGACAGGAUCUACAUGCAGCUGGACGCCAGCUCCUCCGUCAACAACACCGAGAUGUUUGUGGAGUCCUGCAGAGCUGCACCGUAUGACAACCCCAACUACCAUCCAACCUACUCCAUCAUUGAGAACGGGUGUGGGGUUGACCCGACUGUGCAGACAUAUACACCUUCCAACGACAGACAGUUCCAGUUCAGCGUGGAGGCCUUCAGAUUUAUCGGCCUGCAUGAUCAGGUGUACAUCAGCUGCACAGUCAUGAUGUGUGAAGCAGGAAACCCCAACACCAGGUGCUCAAGGGGAUGCAGCAACUCCACCGGGCACAACGUCCGCAGAAAGAGAGAGGCUGUGAUCGAGAGCGGAAAGCACUUCGUUUCCCAGGGUCCUUUGCGUCUGAAGCGUGAAGCGGACCCCAGAGGGGGCUCAGCUGUCAACCUGAACCUGAACAUGAUGUUUGUGGCUGGAUGUCUCCUUGCUGCUGUUGGGAUGAUCUGCGGCGUGAUCAUCUACAAAACCAAAACCUCCAGGGCCAAAUACCAACCUCUGCCUGCACAUGAAAGCUAAAACCUCAACAUCUGCCAGGCUGCUUGGAUAAUCUGAACAUGGGAUUCUGGAUGUUUCUGAACUAUUCAUUAAAUCUUUUUCAUUUCUAA